UACUGCAUGAAGAGGCAAAGAUGGCCGAUUUCGGACCGACGGGGCUCUUUGAUUCGACAUGACGCCAUGUCGAAAAGUCCCCAUUUUACUAAUCGACGAUACCGCCGCGGGCCACGAUCCAAAGCUCCAGAACACAUCUCGGAUACCUGAUCGUACUCUGCAAACCUCACAAUGGCUUCAUUCCUCCCCCGUGCAGCUUCCCGAGCUCUUCGCGCUUCGGCGCGCCCUGCCCUAAGGGCACAGCGUCCUGCUGCCCCGCUACUACGUCGCGGAAUCGCGCUUCCAGCUGAGCAGCCACGACUGAGGCUGGGAUCUGUUGCUCCUAACUUCCAGGCGAAGACCACUCAUGGCGACAUGGACUUCCACAAGUUCUUGGACAACAAGUGGACUAUCCUCUUCAGCCACCCUGCCGACUUUACACCCGUGUGUACGACUGAGCUUGGAGCUUUUGCAAAGCUCAAGGAUGAAUUCGAUGCGCGAGGCGUCCAGAUGAUUGGCUUGAGCGCCAACGACCUGAGCUCUCACGACCAGUGGAUUGCCGACAUCAACGAGACAUCCAACACCACCGUGCAGUUCCCCAUCAUCGCCGAUGCCGACCGCCACGUCGCUUUCCUCUACGAUAUGAUCUCGCAAGACGACCUCGAUGCGCUCCAGAAGAACGGCGGCAUUGCCUUCACCAUCCGCUCGGUUUUCAUCAUCGACCCCGCAAAGAAGAUCCGCCUUACAAUGUCAUACCCCGCAAGCACAGGCAGGAAUACCGCCGAGGUUCUGAGAGUCAUCGACAGCUUGCAGACAGGCGAUAAGAAGGGAAUUGCUACACCUAUUGACUGGCAGAAGGGCCAAGACGUCAUCGUACCACCCAGUGUCAGCACUGAGGAUGCCAGGAAGAAGUUUGGCGAAGUCAGGGAGGUCAAGAAGUACCUGCGCUUCACCAACGUCGGUCAAUAGACGGACAACAAGCGGACGUGUAAGAUAGAAUAUACGAAGAGGGCUUUGUGAAGUUGCCGCUUCUUGGUUCUUUGGCCCGACGAAACCUCUCUUUCCAGCCUUCAUCGUGCGGUUAUGGUGCCACAAGCCUGAAUUCGAACGAGUGACACAACGUAUUACUACCCGGAGUUCAAGCACCAGCGGUUCGCCUGCUGCCGGGUCGCAGGCAUCAUUUUUGAGUGGCCAAUAAAGUCUGUAGAGCUCUUUUCAACAAUACUGUAAGUACAUGACCUUCACAAGCAUUACAACGCGUACAGGUGUGCCACAAAAUGCCUAGACUUCAAAAGGCUAAGUAGAGGUCGGGGGUGGGACAAGUCGCUUGCACUGCCUGUUACACUGCAUUGGUAUCCGACUGCGACCGACUGCCGAUUU